CGUGCACUGCAGCCGGAGCUGCCCCGGGACCCCCGGGACGGGCGGCCGCAGCGGAGGUGCGGGAGGUGCAGGGGCCGGCGGCGAUGGCCGACAGCCACGGCUGGUGGAAGCUGACCUUCCUGCGGAAGCGCCGGUCGGUGCCCACGGUGCUGUACGAGAGCCCCGACAGCCAGGCUGCCGCGGCCGGCGAGACCCCCGAGGGGCCGCGCGAGGAGGGGCCACCCGGCUUCGCCGCCCGCCUGGAGAAGAUCGUGGACAAGAGCAACAAGGGCAAACACGUCAAAGUCUCCAACUCGGGACGCUUCAAAGAGAAGAAGAAAGUGCGGGCGACGCUGUCCGAGAACCCCAACCUCUGCCCUGCCGGCGAGCGGGAGGAGAAAUGACGCGGCCGGUCGCCGGUUCCCACCGGCCGCCAGCUCCGGCGGCCCGCGGCGGCCCGGCCACGGCUGCGGGACGAGGAAGGACUCGCACCGCAGUUUAUUUGAGAGAGAAGCAAGGACAUGGUUUAACGGCGGCCUCCCGGGCUCGUGGCACGCCAGGGGCAGAGGGAGAACUGGGGAGCAGAGGCAGGCGCAGCCGGUCCCUCCCAGCCCCCCGCAGGCAGAGGGAACCCCUCGAGGCUGACUGGUUAUACUGGGAUGAGGACUCUCACCCCAGCUCGGCCACUUGCUGCGGACCACUGGUGCCCAUCGUUCACCCAUACAACGACCCCACUCCUGCUGCUCCCCUCCUGCCUGUCACUUCUGCGGGGGCCAGACCAGGGGAUCCCCUGCUCCUCUCCCAAACCUGAGGGGCAGAGCCCCUGACAGCCAUGUCCUUGCCAGCAGUCACCCCUAAACCGGGCGACUUGACGCUUCCCUGACCCGAGGGAACAACCCUGUGGGCAAAGUCCCUUCUGAGCUGUGGCCGUGGAGAGCUCAGGGCUUCUCGGGAGGAGCAGUUCACUCACUGGCAUUCAGGAAUCACUCCCUGCUCCCAGAAGGGAAGAACCAGCCCCGGGGGCAGCCACCACAGCCUCUGUGUUUGGGUGGUUGGAAGCUGAGCCUUUGCCAGCUCUGGCAGCUGCUGAUAAUUAACUGUUGUGAAUAAAGCGGGUCUGGAAGCGGAAGCAAAGGCAGCUGAGGGGCUUGGGCAAGGGGAGAGCCUGGCAUGGAUAAAGGGUCCCUCCCAUGACCCCGGUGGGGAUUGGUGCCCAUGCCAACGUCCCAGGGGGCACAGGCAUGGGGGUGGCCAUUGUCAGCAUUGCCAUAGGCCUGGGGAACCCUCCCUGCGAGCGAGCUGGGUGCGGCUGAGGCUCAAGUCAACAGGAGCAACCGCUUCCCGGCUGUGACAAAAGCUGGAUGGUGCCAAGUACCUGAGUCCAACUUCCCCCCCACACCCUGUCCUGUUCCCCUGCACAA